UGCUUCACUUCCUCCCCAGAGCCCGCUUGGGUGAAGACAUCAUGGGCAGCUGUGAGCUGUGAGGAUGGAGAAGCGAGUGUGUGUGAUCCAGACUGACUUCCACCAGUACAGACCCACCAUCGCUCUGCACAGCACCCUCCUGGCACAUGAGCAGGAGAGUGCACAGGCAUCCGAGCAGCGCUGUGUCCAGCUGGAGAAGGCCCAGCGGGAGCUGGAGCGGCAGCUAUCAGGCCUGUUGGACCGUCUGGAGGAGGAGGAGGUCUGCUCGGCCCAGCUGGCCCUCCACAGGGACAGGCUGGAGGACGAGUGUGGCAGCCUCAGGAGAGACCUGGAUGAACUGGAGAACACCCUGACUGUGGCUGAGCACGACAAACAGUUAUCAGACAGUGAAGUACGGCGGCUGUUGGAACAGCUUUUUCAGAAGGACGAGGCUGUACAGAAGCUCCAGAAGGAGAAAGACCAUCUGGUGGAGCUCAGCCAGGGGGCCAUUGAAGACCUGCAGAGCGAAGAGGAGAAGGUGAACCUGCUGACCAAAGAGAAAACCAAGCUAAAGAUGCAAGCUGAAGAUUUGGACUACCAGCUGGAGCAGGAGCGCCGUCAGCGUGGCGAGCUGGAGAAGAGCAGGAGGAAUAGCAGAGCUACACAGGAGAGUCUGGGAGGGAUGGAGAAGAAUAGGAGUGGGCUGGAAGACCUCAUCAAAAGGAAGGACCUGGAGAUCAGCAGUACCAGCUCCAAACUAGAGGCAGAAGAGGCCCUCAACAUUGGACUGCAGAGAAAGAGCAAGGAGCUCCAGGCUCGCAUCGAGGAGCUGGAGGAGGAGCUGGAGGCAGAGCGGGCCAUCAGAGCCAAGAUUGAGAAGCAGAGAGCAGAUCUGACCAGAGAACUGGAUGAUCUCACUGACCGACUGGAGGAAGCAGGAGGGGUCAGCGCCUCACAGAUGGAGGUGAACAAGAAGCGAGAGGCUGAGCUGCAGCGCCUGAGGCGUGACCUGGAGGAGACGUCUGUCCAGUCAGAAGCGCUGGCUGCGUCUCUGAGGAAACGGCACAGUGACGCCAUGGCAGAGCUGAGCGAUCAGUGUGAGGCUCUGCAGCGGACCAGGGCCAAACUGGAGAAGGAGAAACAGAACCUGAGGAUGGAGGUGGAUGAGCUGGCUGCUUCUCUGGACAGUCUACAGAAAGCCAAGACGUCCUCAGAGAGCCAGGUGAAGAAGCUGGAGGAGCAGCUGUCCGACGCCAACAGGAGAGGAGACGACCUGCAGAGGGCCCAGACUGAGCUCAGUGUGGCCAGGAACAGACUCACAGCUGAUAAUGCAGACGUGAGUCGACAGAUGGAGGAGGCAGAGAGCAGAGCCAGCCAGCUGAGUCGCUCCAGGACUCUGCUCCAAUCCCAACUGGAAGACCUGAAGAAACAAAUGGACGAGGAGGUCAAGUGUAAGCAGGCGGUCAGCAGCAGUCUGAGCUCAGUGCGGCAGGAGAGCGAGGUGCUGAAGGAGCAGCUGGAGGAGGAGCAGGAGAGCAAGCAGGAGCUGCAGCGUCUCGUCUCCAAACUCAACAGCGAGGUGACGCACUGGAGGACCAAACACGAGUCCGACACCAUCCAGCACGGAGAUGAGCUAGAGGACACCAAGAAGAAGCUGGCAGCCAGGCUUCAGGAGGCCGAGGAGGCUGUGGAAGCUACCCAAGCCAAAUGUUCUUCACUGGAGAAAACCAAACAGAGGUUGCAGGGAGAGGUGGAGGAGCUCUGCAUGGACAUGGAGAAGGCCAGCAGCUGUGGUCAGGUUCUGGAUAAGAAGCAGCGGGUCCUGGAGAAGCAGCUCGGAGACUGGAAGCAGAAGUGUGAGGAGCUGGUGGCCGAGGUGGAAGUGCAGAAGGAGAGCAGGCAACACGCCAGCGAGCUCUUCAAACUCAAGACGGCCCACGAAGAGUCCCUGGAGCAUCUGGAGGCCCUACGCAAGGAGAAUAAGGUCUACCAGGAGGAGGUAGCCGACCUCACAGACCAGCUCUCAGAUGGAGGUAAAAGUGUCCACGAGCUCCAGAAAGCAAAGAAGAAGAUUGAGAUGGAGAAAGAAGAGUUACAGGCCUCACUGGAAGAGUCUGAGGCUUCCUCCCAGGCUGAGGAGACCAAGGUGCUGAGGCUGCAGCUGGAGUUGUCUCAGGCUAAAGGAGACUUGGAGCGCAGACUUCAGGAGAAGGAGGAAGAGAUAGAAGUCGCUAGAAAAAGCCACCAGAGGGCGCUGGAGUCCCUGCAGGCCAGUCUGGAUGUGGAGGUGAAAGGCAAAGCAGAGGGGCUGAAGCUGAAGAAGAAGCUGGAGGUUGACAUCAACGAGCUGGAGCUGCAGGUGGACCUGCUCAACAAGAACAAUGCAGAGCUCAGCAAGAACAGCAAGAAGAUGCAGCAACAGAUUAAGGAGCUGCAGGCCCAGCUGGAGGAGGAGGUACGGAGCCACGACGAGUGCAGGGAGGAGCAGGCGGCCAUGGAACGACGCUGCACUCUAUUGGUCAGCGAGGGAGAGGAAACUCGUGCAGCCCUAGAGUGCGCAGAGAGGGCCCGCAAGGCCCUGGAGACUGAGCUGCAGGAGGCCAGUGAGAAACACAGCGACCUCAACAACCAGUUCCAGUUGGCUCUGAGUGGGAGGAGGAAGCUGGAGGUGGAUCUCCAGACUCUGCAGCAGGAGCAUGAGGAGCUGCAAGGAGAGCUGAGAGGAUCCACAGACAAGUCCAAGAAGGCCAGCUGUGAGUUGGCGCGAGUGGGGGAGGAGCUGCGUCUGGAGCAGGAGCACAGCCUCCACCUGGAGAGAGUGAAGAAAGGUCUGGAGGCCCAGAUCAAAGACAUGAGCAGCAGGCUGGAUGAGGCCGAGCAGAUGGCUCUGAAAGGAGGCAAGAAGAUCAUCCAGAAGUUGGAGGGAAAGGUGAAGGAGAUAGAGCUGGAGUUGGACUCGGAGCAGAAGCGGCACGCCGAGACGGUGAAGACGCUGCGGAAGAACGAGCGUCGGCUGAAGGAGCUGCUGUUUCAGUCGGAGGAGGACCAGAAGAACCAGCAGAGGAUGCAGGAGCUGGUGGAGAGGCUGCAGAACAAGAUGAAGGCCUACAAGAGACAAGUGGAGGAGGCUGAGGAACAAGCUAACAUGAACCUGGCGAAGUACAGGAAGACCGUCCAUGAGCUGGAUGACGCCGAGGAGCGAGCUGACAUUGCUGAGUCAGCGCUCACCAAGAUCAGGACCAAGAACAGAGGCAGCUUCGGAAAGGGAUACUCCUCGGGUUACAGCACUCCGUAUCCCGGCCUGGUCAGGUCACCCAGCUCUGUGGGUUCAGAGGGCAGAGGGGAGAAGAUCCUCAAUGAUGACAACGAGUCCGUCAGCUCCCUCAUCCCAGCGUAUCUCAACUCUCUCAAGAAGCUCAUGGUUGAUUAGAAACCAAGCUGUGACGUCAUCACGGUCAGCAUCUCAGCGUACAGAUCAAACUCUCUCCAGGUGCUACAUCACAUCACAUCACAUAGCUCCGUUGCCUUUUGAAGAAGUGAAAACAUGGUCGCAUUACAGGAUGACGUUUUGAAACAUCCGAGAGGCUGAAACUGCAGUUUCACAACCCAUUUGUGUGUACUGUACAUUCCUACUGGACCUUUCAACAAUAUAGCCACUCACUCCUUCCUCUCUUUGUUAUGACUGCAGUCUGUACGAUCACAACUUUAAUAACACACUCUUAUAUCCAUUUUUAUAAUGUCCAAUUUGUAUGUAAAAACAGAUUGAAUAUUGAAAUCUGUACUGCAAAUGUGUUCUAAAAUCCCCCAAAGGUAGCACUUUAUUACAACCAGUUAUAAGUCAUCAGUUUAUUAUGAGCAUCAUUAACAUAUCAUUUAUUUACAUGUGUAAAUGACACAAUAAUAAUUAAUAGCUGUUAAUCUGAAGUAGCCUAUAAACUAUUCACCACUUCUAAAUGAUGUACUGUAGUAAACUGUCCAAACAAUGUUGUCUCCAUUCAGAAAAAAUGGAAUAUUUAACAAUUGAUUAAAAAAUGCUUCACCUUCCCCUGAUGGACAACAUAACAUUAGCUCAAACUGUAUGAAUGCUAGCUAACCUCAUCUGUAAGCUAGUUCAAUGUUUCCCAACAGCUACAGACUGGAGGGUGUAACGUUAUAAAGUAGUAAGCACCAUAUUCUGUCACUUUAAAUAGCUAACUAGUAACUUUUAUCACAUUUUCUACUAGCUAAUAUAGCAGAACAUUGUUGCUAGCAAAUAGCUAGGAUUAUAGACCACACGGCUAGAGGCUAGCAGGUUAGCUAGGAAGUCUAAAGCAGGUUAGCUUUAGUUGAUUCUAACAGUGCUAUUUGGAAGAUCACAACGCUAAACAUUAUAAUAUAUAAUCCCAUAUAAUGUACAGGUCUACAUGCUAAACACUGUAUGUAGCCGUCAACAGCAGCUAGGCUACUGUGUUAUGUGUACAGUCAAACCGGUUCAGACUGGUGAAGCUUGCAGCACAUUGGAGUCUAACUGUGUGAGUUAGUGUCGUGUGGUGUAUCAAUAAAUUACAUUUAAUUACACAUAUACAAAUGAUUUGUAAAUGAUUAGUUCAUCAAUAAACUAAUGGCUUAUAAAUUACUUCAUUAUUAUAAAGUGUUACCCAGUAAGAUAUGCAACAAGAUGUCAUCAAUUAAUUACUUAUUUUAGGUCAAUAAUAAGAAACCGAUGUCAAUGUAUUUUACCUAAACUAUCUGAUAAAGUCCAAGUGUGUCUCCGUCUGAACUUUUAACCACGUCUUUAUUAUCGCUGCCUAAACCUGUAACAUGGCUUGAUCAAACCAUUUAUUGUUGAAUGUGAAAAUGUGUUUUUUAGGAAAUAAAAUACUUUUUUUCAUGUAUAUA